GCUGGUCACACAGCAGAGGCAUGCCUUCAUCCAGGCGCCGCGCGCGGACGACGCUCUGGCUCGUCGCGAGCAUCGCUGCGGCGGUCGACGUGCGGCGGUGCACGCGGCCGCGGCUUGCACCGCAGCUGCUGUCGCGGCGAGCACUGCCGGGCGCCAUCGCUGCGUGCACGGUCGCGGGGCGCGCCGCGGCCUCCGACCUCCUCGACGUCUGCCCGAACUGCGACCAGCCGAUCGACGCGCUGCCCCUCGCGACGAUCCGCGGCAAGUGGUCCCUCGACGCGCAGUGGGCCGAGGACGGCCUCCCAAGGACGCUGCGCGGCACGGUGGCCUUUCGCUCGCUGGGCGACCCGAACCGCGGCCGCUGCACGUUUUCGUCGGACACGUUGACGGGCUCAGGCUCUUGGGCGGAAAAACCGGCGCGUAUUCGGAAAGGGCAGUUCACGUGGAGUGCGCGCUGGCGCCUGCGGCUCUCGGACGGGACGGUGCUCGCCUUUCGCGGCGACACGUCGACGGGCGCGCCCGAUGAUUUCAUGGAGGUGCGGCGGCCUCCCUCGAUAAAUGACGGCGAAGUCCUGGUCGAGGAGCCGGUCCAGCGCCGCGUCGGGUCCUUCGCGGCGACGCAGGUCGUCUCGUGGCAGGGCUCUGACAGCGAAGAGGCGCGGAUGACCGGCGACUACGGUAGGAAGCCGCUGCGGUGA